AUGGCCUCCUGGGUGGGAGGGUCUGGGCACUUUGAGGAGGCCGCCCUGUCCCUCAGGGCCCUCUGCUUCCUGGCUGAGCCAAGUUCAAAGCUACAGCUGCCAGGUCCAAGACCUCCUUCUCAAGUUCCAGAUGCCACGGGGCUGGCCCCUCGUCAGGGAGGCCCGACUCAGAGCUCACCUGGCGUGGAGGAGCGUCUCCUCACAGAACAGCGUUCCCUCCGACUGCAGACCCCAGGGCAGACUCUGCGCAGGACCCCAGAGCUGAGCCCUCCACCCUGCCCUCCCUGCGAUGCCUCCCGGCCCAGGGUCCCCCAUCCUGAUGCAGCCCCACAAGCUUCUCCCUCUUCAGCCCUUUCCCACCUGCUGUCCCCGCCCAGCAUCACGUACCAGCUGCUGUGCCACGUGUCGCCAAGCCUGUCCUUAGCCCUGAGCACCCGCAUCGGAGCGCCCUGGUCCCCAGAGAAGCCGAGGUUGCCUGCGGGCAGGAGCGAUGGCUCCUCUGUCUCCCUAGUUCCCCCAGUCCUCAGUGGGGCUCUGCACCCAUCCCAUAACCUCCUGAGGCUUGAUGCGUUGGCAGAGCGGCCAUUGGGAUGCAGGAGAGGUAGAGAAACGCGGACCUGUCACUCCCGGGAUGGGAGUCAGGAGUCUCUAGCACCUCGGGGGAACAAGAAGAUCUCCAUCAGCACGGCUGGAGGCUGCACCCGGGCUGGAGGGUGCUUUGGUGGCCCUGGUGGCUUUGGUGGCCCUGGUGGCUUUGGUGGUCCUGGUGGUCCAGGUGGCUUCCCUGGGGGAAUCCAGGAAGUGACUGUCAACCAGAGCCUCCUGCAGCCCCUCAAUGUGAAGUCUGACCCCCAGAUUGGGCAAGUAAAGGCCCAGGAGUGAGAGCAGAUCAAGACCCUCAACAACAAGUCCGCCUCUUUCACCGACAAGGUGCGUUUCCUGGAGCAGCAGAACAAGGCCCUGGAGACCAAGUGGAGCCUCCUGCAGGAGCAGGACUCUGGCCCUAACACCGACAACUGCAAACCGGAGCCUUUUUUUGAGAACUACAUCAGCAGCCUAAGGGCCUUUCUGGAUGGGCUGCACGUUGAGAAGGACAAGCUGCACGAGGAGCUGAGGAGCGUGGAGGAGACGGUGGAGGACUUCAAGAAGAGAUACGAAGAGGAGAUCAACAAGUGCACAGUGGCAGAGAACGACUUCAUUGUCUUGAAGAAGGACACUGAUGCUGCCUACAUGACCAAAGUGGAACUGGAGGCCAAGGUGGACAGUGUGACAGAUGAGAUCAACUUCCCGAAGGCCCUCUACGAUGCGGAGCUGUCCCAGAUGCAGUCAGACACACGUGACACCUCCGUAGUUCUCUCCAUGGCCAACAACUGCUGCCUGGACCUGGACAGCAUCAUGGCCGAGGUCAAGGCCCAGUACGAGGCCAUCGCCCAGAGGAGCAAGGCCGAGGCCGAGGCCCUGUACCAGACCAAGAUGGUCAUGGUGCUCAAGCAAUCUGUGCCUCAGCAUGGGGUUGACCUGAAGAGCGCCAAGAGUGAGAUCUCAGAGCUCCACAGAAUGAUCCAGAGGCUGCGGGCUGAGAGCGAGAGUGUCAAGAAGCAGAAUGCCAGCUUGCAGAUGACCAUCAUUGAUGCAGAGCAGUGUGGGGAAGUGGGCCUCAAGGACACAAAUGCCAAGCUUCAGGACCUCAAGGCUGCACUGCAGCAGGCCAAGGAGGACCUGGCACGGCUGCUGAAGGAGUACCAGGAGUUGAUGAAUGUCAAGCUGGUCCUGGACAUUGAGAUUGCCACCUACCGGACCCUCCUGGAGGGUGAGGAGUGCAGGAUGUCUGGGGAGUGCCAGAGCUCUGUGAGCAUUGAGAUGGUCCCCAACACCAGCAGCAGCAGCGGUGGCGGCAGCGGAGCCCUGCGAGGAGGAGUUGGGGGUCGCGGAGGGCUGAGUUCUGGGGGUCUGGGCAGCGGGGGCAGGCGCCUGGGCUCAGGCGGGGGUUCCGCUGUGCGCCGGGGCUUCUCCAUUUCCGGGGGCUCCCGCGCUGUCAGUGGGGGUGGCAGCAGCAGCUCGGACCGGGUCACACAGAGCUCCUCCCAGAGCCAGCGGUCCCACCACAAAUUCUGA